AUGAAAGUAUACUGUCUAGAGACUGUGGAGGGGCUAGUGACAGAGGAGAGUCUAGAGAGAGUGGAGGGUCUAGAGACAGUGGAGGGACUAGUGACAGUAGAGGGUCUUGAGACAUUGGAGGGUCUAGUGACAGUAGAGGGUCUAGAGACAGUGGAGGAGCUAAAGACAGUCGAGGGUCUCGAGACAGUGGAGGGUCUAGAGACAGUGGAGGGUCUAGAGACACUGGAGGGUCUAGAGAUAGUGGAGGGUCUAGGGACAGUGGAGGGUCUUGAGACAGUGGCCUGUCUAGAGAUAGUGGAGGGUCUAGAGACAGUGGAGGGUCUAGAAACAGUAGAAGGGUCGAGAGACAGUUGGGCGACUAUUGACAGUAGAGGUUGUGACGGCCACUUUAUUGGGUUCUUUAAAGUCGAGAAUCUAGGGAAAGUAGAGGGUCUAGAGACAGAGGAGGAGCUAGAGACAGUGGAGAGACUAGAGAGAGUGGAGGUUCUAGAGACAGUAGAUGGUCUAGAAACAGUGGAGGCUCUAGGGACAGUGGAGGGGCUAGAGAUAGUUGAGGGUCUAGUGACAAUGAAGAGAUUAGAGACAGUAAAAGGUCUGGAGAUAGUAGAGCGUCUAGAGACAGUACAGGGUCUAGAGAUAGUGGAGGGUCUAAAGACAGUGAAGGGUCUAGAGAUUGUAGAGGGUCUAGACACAGUAGAGGUUCUAGGGACAGUAGAAGGUCUAGUCAGAGUCGAGGGUCUAGAGUCAGUGGAGAUUCUAAAGAUAGUAGAGGGUCUAGAAACAGUGGAGAGUUUAGAGAAAGUAGAGAGUCAAGAGAUAUUGGAGGGUCUAGAGACAGUAGAGGGUCUUGAGACUGUGGCGGGUCUAGAGACACUAGAGUGUCUAGAGACAGUGGAGGUGGAGGGCCUAGAAACAGUGGAGGGUCUAGGGACAGUGAAGAGUUUAGAGACAGUAAAAGGUCUGGAGAUAGUAGAGCGUCUAGAGACAGUACAGGGUCUAGAGAUAGUGGAGGGUCUAAAGACAGUGGAGAGUCUAGAGAUUGUAGAGGGUCUAGAGCCAGUAGAGGUUCUAGAGACAGUAGAAGGUCUAGUGAGAGUCGAGGGUCUAGAGUCUGUGGAGGUUCUAAAGAUAGUAGAGGGUCUAGAAACAGUGGAGAGUUUAGAGAAAGUAGAGAGUCAAGAGAUAUUAGAGGGUCUAGAGACAGUAGAGGGUCUUGAGACAGUGGCGGGUCUAGAGACACUAGAGUGUCUAGAGACAAUGGAGGGUCUAGAGACAGUAGAUGGUCUACAGACAAUGGAGGGUCUAGACACAGUGGGUGGUCUAUAG